AUGACGGGUAUUCAUAAGCGAUCAGCCGAAAAACGCUCAAGCAGCUACAAUAAUAUGUUGUGCCCUAUAUUACAACCUCUACGACUCUAUUCGAAAGGUUUUACAACUAACUCAAUAAACGACAAGACCGACUUUAUGGCUUUCGAGAGCACUGUAGAGAUCACGCGCGGUGGUGUGGAAACGAAACAUGGUGCAUUAAAGGAGAAUCCUGUCAGUGAGACUGAGUCUUUUGAUUUAGUUUUUGCUAUCCCAGCGCCUAUUACCAUUGUGCGCUCUAAUAUCGCAGCCUUUGAGGAGGAUAGCGUUCGCACGUUACUAACGCGUUACGAAGGCGUAGAUGUGCUUCCCAAAGGUUGGCGUCAAGGCCCAAGCAGCAAAGGCAUUCAAGUGGUAUAUGGAGAGGUAGCUGGUAACGGUAGUGAGUGGUACACAAUGAAGACUACUGCUACGUUAAAUGUUACCGCAAGCAAGGCCGCACGCACUCUUAUGCGCAACGAUAUGGUUCCAAAGUUUGACGAGAUGACGAAAGAAGUCAAAGUGAUGGAAAAAUUAAGCAAUGCAUCUGAAAUCCGACACGUGACCGCCAAAUCGGUAAUGUUCACGGCUGCUCGCGACUUUUCCGUCGUAUCGACAUACCGUGAGGAAUCUAAUGGCCGCAUUCUCAUCGCCACACGCUCAGUCGAGUACAUCCCUGAGCGUAAGGGCUACGUACGCGCAACGGUUUUAAUUUCUGGGUAUGUGGUCAUCCCUCACCCCACCGAUUCAAACAUGUGUGAGAUGAGCGUUAUCGCCCAUAUGGAUCUCGGCGGCAACUUGCCUGCCAGAGUCGUGCGUUAUCUUGGUCUCUCCGCACCUAUUAAGCUGGUUGAAAAGAUUCGUGAGAUUGUACUCAUUGCAUAA